AUGGCAUUGUUAAGGCCACAGUUGGAGAGAUUCCCGUCAACCAAGCUCCAUUAUGGCCCCUCUAGUACCAAAACCCCCAUUAGAAACAACUAUUCUUUUGCUACUAGGCCUAAAAGCCAAUGUUCUGCUAUAGCAAUAGAUGCCCCAUCUUCUUUAACUGAUGUAGCCGGAAUCCGGUGGGGGUCUACAAGCUUGCAAGGCCCACGUGAAGAGAUGGAGGAUGAUCUCGUAAUUCGAUCAGAUGGCCUUGAAGGGUUCUCCUUUGCAGCUGUUUUUGAUGGCCAUGCUGGUUUUUCUUCUGUGAAGUUCCUCAGGGAUGAGUUGUACAAGGAGUGUGUAGCAGCUUUACAAGGUGGUUUGCUAUUGAACGGAAAAGAUUUCAAUGCUAUUAGAAAGGCAUUAGAAGAGGCUUUCGAAAGUGUUGAUGCAAAAUUGUUAAAUUGGCUUGAGAAAGAUGGUGAGCAAGAUGAGUCUGGUUCGACAGCGACUGUUAUUUUCGUCGGAAACGAAAAGCUAGUCAUUUCACACAUUGGUGAUUCAUCUGUGGUCUUAUCUCGAUCGGGGAAUGUGGAAGUGUUAAAUGAUGCUCAUCGACCUUAUGGAAACAACAAAGUCUCUCUUCAAGAAAUCAGAAGAAUCAGAGAAGCAGGUGGAUGGAUUGUCAAUGGAAGGAUCUGUGGAGACAUAGCUGUAUCUCGUGCCUUUGGUGACAUGCGGUUCAAGACAAAGAAGAAAGAGAUGCUGGAGAAAGGAGUCGAGGAAGGGAGAUGGUCUGAAAAAUUUAGUUCUCGAGUACAAUUCAAUGGGGACUUGGUCAUUGCAUCUCCAGAGGUUUACAGAAUAGCUCUUGGGUCAGAUGCAGAGUUUGUAAUAUUAGCAUCUGAUGGUUUAUGGGAUUACAUGAACAGCUCAGAUGCAGUUGCUUUUGUCAGGAACCAACUUCGAAAACAUGGAGAUGUACAGCUAGCUUGUGAAGAACUUGCUCGGACAGCAAUUGAUCGCCGGACACAAGACAAUGUUAGCAUUAUCAUUGCUGAUUUAGGGCGGACAGACUGGCAAAAUCUGCCUCUCAAGCGACAAAAUGUUGUGUAUGAACUGGGCCAAGCUUUUGCUACCAUUGGUAUCGUUUCACUUGGAAUAUGGAUGUCAUCCUUGCUCUCUUAA